AUGUCCGAACCCACCACUCCUGUCCGCGUAUCCAAGAGCGCCGCAAACUAUACCCCCACAACCCAAGAUGCAGAUUUACGAUCACAAAUAAACUCUCUACUAUUAAAAGAUGGACAUGUCGCCAAAAUCCAAGAAACCCUCCUCCAUUCCCUCCACUCCUCCCCCACCAACUGGCCCACCCUAAUCCAAACUCACGCUCUCUCCCUCCUCCGCUCAGGAAAAUACACCACAUUCCCCGUUCUGAUGGCCAAAGUCCUCGAAGACAUACGAGCUGAUACACUCGCUCAAUCCUCCUCUACCAACGGCGUCAAUGGUUCCACAUCCACAAGUACCUCUACCUCCGCAGACAAGGAAAAAGAUAAGAAAGAAAAAGAAGGCACUGUAAAAGGCCGUGGCGAACGCGGACAAAGUCUUGCGUUGCCGAAAAAUGUAGUAGAGGAAGGAGUGAGAAUUACGAGGGAGUCACUAGAGGCUGUGUGUGAAGUGGUAGAGUGA